GAGAUGGAAGAGUUUGUCCAGAGCUCUGGAAAACAUGGUAUUGUCGUGUUUACUUUGGGAUCAAUGGUCAGGAACAUAUCAGAAGAAAGAGCCAAUGUGAUUGCAUCAGCCCUUGCCCAGAUUCCGCAAAAGGUUCUAUGGAGAUUUGACGGCAAGAAACCAGAUACCUUAGGGCCAAAUACUCGGCUCUAUAAGUGGAUCCCCCAGAAUGACCUUCUUGGUCAUCCAAAAACCAAAGCCUUUAUAACUCAUGGUGGAACCAAUGGCAUCUAUGAAGCGAUCUAUCAUGGGAUCCCUAUGGUGGGCAUCCCUAUGUUUGCAGAUCAACCUGAUAACAUUGCUCGCAUGAAGACCAAGGGAGCAGCUAUCAGAAUGGACUUCAACACCAUGUCUAGUGCAGAUUUGCUCAAUGCAUUGAAAACAGUCAUUAAUGACCCAUCGUGA